AUGGCUUCGCAAAAACGCCAUGGCCAGUUGCCUCCCUCAGCCAAGGACGAGGCCAUUGAGCCCUUCACACUCAACAUCCCCGAUGCCGAAUUGACUCGCAUGAACGCCCUCCUCCAGCUAUCGACCAUUGCAGCCGAGAAUUACGAAAACACGUAUGCCGACCAGGCGAACCAGUUUGGACUGACGCGCGAGUGGCUCGUGGCUGCAAAGGAGCGAUGGGAGAAGAGCUUUGACUGGCGCAAGAGAGAAGAUCUAGUCAACUCCUUUCCCAACUUCAAAACCGCCAUCCCCGUCCCCGUCAACGACUCCCCAACCACCACCACCACCAUCAACAUCCACUUCACAGCCCUCUUCUCCAGCAACCCCGACGCAGUCCCCAUCGUCUUCUUCCACGGCUGGCCCGGCUCCUUCUUCGAGUUCCUCCCCAUGCUCAGCCUCCUCCGCGACAAGUACCCCGACGAAGCCUCCCUGCCGUACCACAUCGUCGUCCCCUCCCUGCCCGGCUACGGCCUCUCCGACCCGCCUCCCGCGCAGCGCAACUUCACCACCGACGACGCCACGUGGAUGAUGGACCACCUCCUGACCCAGGCCCUCGGCUUCACCGCGUACGUCGCCCAGGGAGGCGACGUCGGCGCUUACGUCGCGCACUUCCUCGCCCGGGGGUAUCCGGCCUGCAAGGCCGUCCACCUCAACUUUCCCGCCGUCCCGCCGCCGCCAGACUUCCUGGCCUCCGCCGCCGCCGAGGAGGAGGAGGAGGGGGGGCUCGACGACGCGGAAAAGGAGGGCAUGCAGCGGAACGCAGCGUUUGGGAUGACGGGCGCCUCGCACGCCAUAUGGCACGCCGUCAGGCCGGCCACCGCCGGGCUCGUCAUCAUGACCAGCCCCCUCGCCAUGCUGGCCUGGCUCGGCGAAAAGUUCCUCUACUGGACCGACCCGGCGUCGUUUCCAAACACGCCCAAGGACCCGGACCCGGAGGCGGCGGCGGCGCCAGAUGGGGAGAAGCUCCCUUACUCCGUCCAGCUGAUGGAUGAGGCCAUUGCCGAAUCGGCCCUGUACUACCUCACCGGGUGCGCGAGCACCAGUCUGUAUCCCUAUCGGGACCUCUUGGCCAGGGGACGGGCCACGGUCGACGGAUCGACCAAGCUCAUCGCUGCGCCCAAGAUCCUUGGGUACUCGUGGUUCAGGCGGGAACUCGUCAUGGCGCCAAAGGCGUGGAUGGCCAAGAUUGGGAACCUGGUGCUGUAUAAGCGGCACGAGAAAGGGGGGCACUUUGCCGCGCUGGAGCAGCCGGCGGUCUUGCUUGAGGAUGUGGAAGAGUUUGUGGGCAAGUUGGUCAAGGCGUAG